AUGAUAUAAAAAACUAUAAAACUAAAAAAUGGAGAUAUUUAUGAAGGUAGUUAUGAUGAAAAAUAAAUGAAAAUGCAUGGAAAAGGAACUUAUAAAUUUGCUAAUGGGGAUUUAUAUGAAGGGGAAUUUAAAGAUAAUAAAUUUUGUGGCAGUGGAAUAAUUACUACAAAAGACUAUAUAUUAAAAGGAGAUUUUUUUGAUAAUAAGGCGAAUGGUAUGUGUAUCAUUGAAUAUAAUUCAGGAGAUAAAUAUUAAGGAAGUGUUAAAAAUAAUUAAAAAAAUGGAAGAGGAGUUCUAUUAUUCUCUAAAGACAAUCCUAAUUGUAUCAGAUAUGAUGGAGAAUUUGAUGCUGAUUAGUAUCAUGGGGAAGGAAAAUUGAAUUUUAAAAAGCAAGAAAUCAUAUAUCAAGGUGCUUUUAGGUUUGGGUAAAUCCAUGGUAAAGGCAUAAUUACUCACCCAAAUUACACUUACGAAGGUAGUUUUUAGUAUGGUAAAAAAAAUGGAAAAGGAAUAUUGAAAUUUAAGAAUUAGGAAGUGUAUGAAGGAAGCUUUGAAUCAGACUAGAAAUAAGGAUUUGGAAUAUAUAGAUAUAAAGAUGGAGCAUGCUAUGAAGGAGAGUUUAAAAAUGAUGUUAAGCAAGGGAAAGGGAAGCUCACGAUGCCAAAUGGAGAAAUAUAUGAAGGUUACUUUUUGAAUGGUAAGUUUGAUGGUGAUGGUAAAUAUACCUUCAAAGAUGAAAAUAUAGUAAUUGAAGGACAAUUCAAAGAGAAUAUGGCUGAAGGAAAAUGCAGAAUUUAUCAUUUUUCCAAUAACUAACUCAAUGAUAAAACUCCAAAUUAUUACGAAGGGAGUUUUUAUCAUAAUUCUAAGCAUGGCCCCUGUAAGUUUGUCCUUCAUAAAAAUAACGAAGUCUUAGGAGUAUUUACAGGAAAUUAUGUACAUAAUAUUGAAAAAGUAGUUAAUUCUGAUUAUGGAACAAGAUUUUGA